AUGCGUCCUCAAGAUACCAAGAACGAAGACAUCCCGCCGCGUGCUUCGCGCGUGCCUUCAAGCAGCAGACACGAGCCCGAAGACAUGCUUGAAGAGAGCCGCGAGGCGACCAGCGGGUACGGAGGCGACGAAGAAAGCGAGAGCGACAUGACCACCGCUCCAGAACCUGUACUCAGGUAUCGCCGACGAGUGGACGAUCCACAAACGCCGCUCCGAGCACCUCGAGUGCAAACACCUUCUCGUCCACAAGAUCCGCAAACACCACCACGCGGUACAUCUCGAGGCCUCGAAGGCGACUUGGCUCGGGCCGGCGAAGUCUUGCGAGAUCAGACCAGGAACGAGUACCACAGGCGCCGCUCCGACGCUCAAGACGACCAUGCGGCGCACAGGAAUGCAGAGACAUCAUCCGCGGUCGCUCGGGCUCAAGCUGGAGUUGGCAAUAGGUUUGGAGCUGGUGGCCAAAUUCCGCCUCGAGGUGUAUUCACACCAGUGCUGCGUAGAAACGCUGUUCAGCAGCUGGGCAUUCCCCCAUCAAACCCUUUCGGUUACGGUGUCGGCUCCUUUCCGCAGCUGCCUCCUGAGACGAUGCAGACGAUUGGUGACAACUCUGAUUCUGGCGAAUUUGGGUCUUCGAUGGCGGCCAUGACUCCCUUCCACCGACAAGCGAAUCAGGCAGCUUUCGAGCGCCAGGCUGCGCGCCAGGAGGCUUCGCCUGAGCCGGAUCUUCCUCAUCCUCGCCGAAGGCCUACUGGCCCACAUCCUGCGCAUUUCCAGACCCCAACCCGGCCUUCUCCUCAUCAGCAGCCAGGUCAACAGUCUACAAGAUCGCCCGCGCAACCGUCGUCAAAGUCACAGGGCCCGGAAGGAUCGGCAAGGGCCCCUUCGCGGCGAAGGCUGGAGGACAUCGAAGACCAAGACGCAGAGAACAUGAAGUAG